GUUGUUUAUCAAAAAUUAAAAAAAACAACAAAAACAUCCUCAUGCCAUAUGUUCAGUGCUAUUCAUUGAAAACUAAAUAAAAAGCAACAAAAACAUCAUCAUUAUUUUUAUCAAAUUUAUCAUUGUUCGGAAAGAAAAUUUUCUAGCGUGUAAAGAAAUAAUCAAAGAAAUUAACAGUAAAAUAUGUUGCGCACUAUUUUCCAAAAAACUGGACAAAAUCUUUUGCCUCGUCUUGGUCAACGGACAGUGGCCACUAGCGGCAUUAAAAAUGAGAUUUUCAACGUACAAAGCUCAGAAGAUUUCGAAAAUAAAGUCAAGAAGAGUGAUAAGGUUGUGAUAGUUGACUUUUUUGCAACAUGGUGUAAUCCCUGCAAAAUGUUGACUCCACGUUUGGAAUCGAUUGUAGGAGAAAAAGCUGGAGCCGUUAAAUUGGCUAAAGUAGAUAUCGAUGAACACAGUGAAUUGGCUUUGGAUUAUGAUGUAGCUGCUGUGCCCGUUCUCAUGGCCAUGAAAGAUGGCAAGGUGGUCAACCGUAUGGUGGGUUUACAAGAUACCGACAAGCUUAGAGCAUGGAUAGAAAAAACUGUUGAAGAAAACAAGUAAAUGAUACGUAAAGGUGCCCGAAGAAAAUAAUUUUAUUUUAAGAUUUGUUAAACAUUUAUUCCGAUGAGCAUAUCCCAAAAAGCAGCUUUAAUUUCGAUAAUUUCUAUAUAUUUUCAAUGUUAUCUUUUUGGUAUCAUCUAAUGAUCUGAGAAAGAUAAAAAUCUAAUAAACAAAUUGGUAAAAAUCUUUGCCAAUCCAAACUGUUAAUAAAUUUCUAUUUUUAGUGAUAUUCUAAAGAUGAUUUCCGAUACAAA